AUGGAUCGCCGAGACCGUUUUAAUCGCCGAGAAGAUUGGGAGCCCCGGCGCCCCGAUCGCGAUGACCGAGAACGCCCAGUCGACCUCUGGAAACGUGACCGUCCCCCGAGUCGGGCAGAAAGCCGUGCAGCCAGUGGCUCGACUACUUCUUCUCACCCCCCUGCAGCAUCUACCACGGGUCCAGCUCCCGUGGAUCGACACCCCGAGCCCCCGAUGGACCCAAGCCGGAAAGCAUCGAUCAUGUCAACCGCCCCAGGACCAGAGCCGCUACGAGAGAUGGAGCGCACCGAAGUGAUCCCAGCUCGCCCAGAGCCUCCUAAGGAGGUUUUCAAGGAGGCUCUUAAGGAGGCUCUGCCUCUUGUUCGACCUUCCCCUCCAGCUCCUCCCCAAGUACCCGCCUUUGGCUCAGUGUCAACUUCUAUCCCCACCUCAGCUGUCGACAAAGAACUCACAGAACAGCGAACCGCCCCCUUUCCCUCUCGGUUUACUGAGAAGGACCGAAAUGAGACACAACGACCAGUCGUCCAACCUCCAACGGGACCGAAGGCAGAAAGAGGCGAUCACGCAGCUUCCUCUGAGCCUCGCAAUCGCCCCGAGGCUCCGUCAGAGCUCGCACAUAUGCAGGGGCCCCCGCGUGCGCCACGGCUAUCUACAAGUAUCUCCGACUUAUCCCCACCCACCGCUCCAGCCGCGAUGUCCAAGCCGAACUCAGGUCCUAUGCCAAAUGAGGCAUUCGGUGUUCGAAGGUCGAGUUCACUGGUUUCAUCUCCAACAUCCACACGAUAUCCAGCCCCGGUUCCGCGUGCGGCAUCCCGUGAACCAUCUAUAUCGCCUCGAGUACCUCCCUCCGUCAUUCCCACCGGACCUAGAGCACUGCAACGGCAGGCCCCAUCACCGCGCGGAACAAAUAGCAAGCCAUGGAUGCAUUCAGGCUUCCCGAGAACUUCAUCCGUCUCCAACCCGCCUCCCAAACAGGAAUCUGUCGAUGAACGGGACGCUUCUGCCUUUGAGCAAAAUAAUCGCAACGUUCCAGGACCUCCGUCUUCUGUCGCAGAUGAGCCAGAAAGUGGUGAAAUUCUGCCCCAUGAAGGUGAAAUAAUCAAGUCUCCUGUCUCCGAUUCAAUGAAGCUCCCGCUUCGGCUGAGCCCCCCGUUGGAUUCUAAUGUUGAAGAAGGCGAAGUGAGUGAACACUCCGAGAAGGACGACAGGGAAGAGGAACCUGCCAUGGUACCGGACUUUGAACGUUCUAGUGAUGAAGAAGAUAGCGAGAGUGUCUUUACCCAGGAAUAUCUCGAUGAAAGGAAACGAAUCUUUGAACGAGACAUGGAAUCACUCCGAGCUGAACUUCCUCCUUCUCCUUUGGAAGACCCGACGAUUGUAUCUCUUCUUUUGAAAAUCCAGCUACUCGGCAUGUUGGCCAACGAAAUGUCAGUGGAAGAGCCAGUUGAAAAGGAAGAAGUAGAAAAACGAGUGGAGCAACCCGUGGACCCUGUGCCAUCAGUGGAGGACGAAGAGAACGCCAAUGCUCCCGGCGGUGAACGGGUGGUCUCUUUCGCUCCCACGCCAGAUGAGCGUGAACUUGAACUCGAACCUGAAACUGAACCUGAGCCUGAACGCGAACCCGAUUCCGAACAAGAAGUUGAGAUUGAGCGCGAACCGGAGCCUGUCAUCGAAACUCUCAUCCCACUUGUAGCACUGAGUGAUGAAGUUACCGUUGAAAAUCUUCCUUUCUUACACUCUGGUCCUCCCACUCCUCUUUCGGAUUUGGAAGUCUAUCAUGACAAUAUCGCUAUCCAGAACCGCCUCAAGCAGACCUUCUCUAACGAGCUUUCCAAGACACAGCAAGAGAUCUUCAACAAGAAUGCUAUUCUUCGAGAAGAGUAUAUGUCUCACUACAAGCCCUGGCGAUUGGCCAUCUGGGAGUUGGACCGUCUGAAGGACAAGAAACCUGACACCCCAGCACCAGCCUCGCCACCAGUUUCCACGCUCCCAACGACCCCAGCUCCCAUGCUAGAAAGCCGCGAAGGACGACGCUACAAAGGAAACAGCGAACUAGAUUUCCUCAACGCGCUCAAAGCCUCUGAGAUCUCGGCGCAAGAAGAGCUCGAACGCCGACGAACCAAGAUGGCUACUGCUCGGCCCGAUUUGGGACGUGAGGCAAUAAUCCCUAACAUGCUCGAGCCGCGUGAGGAGAAGGCAUGCGUUUACAAAGACGUCAAUAAUAUAAUCGAGUGCAAUAGGGCCAUGGAUGUUUUCGGUUUCCUGCCACCUCCCAACGAUUUCACUCCGGAAGAGCACGUCACCUUCACAGAUGCAUUCAUGGCUUACCCUAAAAAAUGGGGCAAAAUCGCAGAAUCUCUUCCUGGGCGCACUUUCCAGCAAUGCAUUGUCCACUAUUAUCUCACCAAGGAAGAGAUCAAGUACAAGGCCAAGCUCAACAGACGCUGGAGUAAACGCAAGGGCCCUCGAAAAGGAGGCGGUGCGGCACGGCCCAAAUCCAAUGCGCUUAUCGCCGACUUGAGCGUUGUCAAGCCUGACUUGGACGGCGAGGACUCAACACCCGCUGUGACCGACACGGGUCGACCAAGACGUGCUGCGGCUCCUAAAUUUGGCGGUGAACCUGGUGAAGUAGAGGACGGGUCAGCAGCGGGCCGUCGUGUCCAGUCUGACCGCGAUAUUGAACCCGUUGAAAAGGCGCCUUCUCGACGAGGGGGACGCGGUGGAGGAGGCAGUCGCGGCGCCCGUCGCGCGAAGACCACGCAACCAGACCAGAAAGGCCAGGUCUUGGCCACACAAGAGACUAUUCCCCCUCCUCUCCCUGGAACCGAGAUGGAAAUGAUUCCGGACACCAACAUGCAAUGGGGGCUAGAUGGCAGAGUAGAUCGUAUGGUUCAAGAACCACUACCAACAAUGCCGCGAGGUAGGGGACGUGGACGCGCUAAAGACGGGGUCUAUGUCUUCGAGUCAACCGAAAUCGACCCUCCUAUGGCAGUCAAGCAGACUGAGACGGGCUAUGGGUCCAUGCAACCGACAAGCUAUUGGUCUGUACCGGAGCAGCGUGAUUUCCCUGCCUUGUUAGCACACUUUGGCCGUGACUUCGAAGGCAUCUCAGGUUGGAUGAAGACUAAAACCACGGUAAUGGUCAAAAACUUUUAUCAGCGUCGCUUGGACAGUGGCCACAAAGACUUCGAGUUGAUUCUCACGGAGGCAGAAGACAAGAAAGUCCGCGGUGAACUUACAGGUCCCCUUCCCAUUCCAAGUGUUGCCCCUAAGCGACGUUAUGAGGCGACGCCGUCUUCCAUCAUUCCUCGUCCUCUUGCUCCUCUUGGCGAUCCCAUGACCGAAGACGAAUCCCGUUUCUCCUCAAAGGUCAAGCCUCUUGCCCUUUCGCCACAGCCCAUGCCCAUGCAUGGACGGCCGCCGUCUGAGAAAGAUCGCAAUUCCGCUCGCUAUCAGCCACUUGCGCAAGCUUCCACGGCUUCUCCAGUGCCAUCGACUGCGACUCUCAUUGAAGAAUCAACCCGGGCAAUCCGCGCCCAGAACGCAGGCCAGGCUCAUCGCUUGUCGGGUCCACGCCUCGGGUACUUCACAGAGGACAGACGAGACUCCACGAUCCUACCUCAUUCAACCUCCCGUACACAGGAUCUAUCUAUUCCCUCGCGCCAUCCCCCUGGCUCAAUGCCACCCGAUAUGGCCCGAAUGGAGCCUAUGUCUGCACAAGGGUACAUGUCUGCGCAGCAGCCACCUUCACUGCUUUCGUCGGCUCAUUCUCGUCACCCCAGCUUGACCCAGCCUGGUUCGCCAACUCAAUUGCCUAGGCCUGAACUUGACAUUGCGUCCGUUCAUCGCGAUCCCUUUGCCCCAAGACCCUACUACUCUUACGCAGGCCAAGGGAUGUCCCAGUCGCCUCGCCCAGGUUUGUCGCCAGUCAAAGAUGCACCUCGCCCGAGCGUCACUCCUGCUCCCGAUGCAUCUCGCCAUGUGCCCGCCAAACGGUCCAACAUUAUGAGUAUUCUGAACGAUGAGCCCGAAGAGCCACAGCCGCGCAAGCGCUUUGCCGGUGAGCAGGUUCCAUCUGCCGCUCCUUCAACUUCAGCUGCAGCAGGAAGACCGAUUUACCAGACCACACCGUCGUCCCGCCAUGAAGACGCUGCCAUGCAAAAGCCCUCUAGCUACACCCAGCAAGGCCAUUAUCAGUCAUCUUCCCGUGGGUACACAGAGUACCCUGGCUAUGGUCCCCCUCAGAGCGGCUCCGGUACCUCGGCAAAUAAUGACUGGAUGGCACGAUUUGAUCCACGGGCACAACAAGCACCUUCGCAGCCUCAGGUCCAACCGCCACCAGCGCAGCAGCAGAGCAGCCGUCCUGCGGCACCUUUGGCUCCCCAGAGCUCCUAUGCCUCAUAUGUCUCAGCCCCGAGCCAGUCGUCAGUGCCUCUGACCAAUCUCCCCGCUCCAUCUCCAGCACCGACUCCCCCGCCACAAACCGCUUCUCAACGAUCAUCAUAUCCUAAUGUGUUUUCUCAGUCGGGUUCUGCUCAGCCAUCUGGGGCCUCUGGCUCUCGCGAGAUGACCUCUCAAUCCCAAUCCUAUCGAGCAACAUCACCUGGUCCACGUGCUCCUAUGGCGUAUGGAUCGCGGCAGGAAGGACCAGUGGCAGCACAGUCUACUGCAGGUCUGUUUGGUGUUCAUCCGCGCCAGUCUGGGGUGCAAUCGUCAUACUCAACCGCGUCCACACCAACCCCAGUACCAUCACACGGCUAUCAGCAGCAUGUACAGACAAUGGUCAGUGGGUCGCAUCAGCCCGGGUCCCACCGCUCCACUCCUGUGAGCUUGCCCGGUGGUCCCUCUCAGUAUGGACAUAACACCCCACCUCCUCAGUCUCAGCCUAGUCGAUCCAUGGCGUCGCUGGCGAGCCUUGGGCGCUCGUACACUCCUCCAUCUGCUAUGCAUCCCUCUAUGGGCGGAAGUGCCGUGAGUGGUUAUGCUCCUCCCCCACAAUCUGUGUCGGGGUCUGUCCCACCACUUCACCAGCGUCCUGGUGUCCCCGGUUCCCUCGCUGAAGCUGGGUCUACACCCACUCACCACCGUGUUUACAGUCAUAGCUCCACUCAAGGUGGACACUCAGGCUCGUUGCCGCCACCUUCCCAGCCACCUCGUUAG